UGAAAAAGGCAGCUUCCGCUGGAGCGGCGGCACUCUGCAGCAUCCGACCCGCACCGCCGGCCGCCCGCACACCACCACGUCGAUGGCCGAAAGCCACGCGGAGCUUCUCCCUCGACCUCGUCCGUGAAGAGAAUGUCCCAGAAAUCCUGGAUAGAAAAUACUUUUACAAAGAGGGAAUGUGUAUAUAUAAUUCCAAGUUCAAAAGAUCCCCACAGAUGCCUUCCAGGAUGUCAGAUAUGCCAGCAGUUGGUCAGGUGCUGCUGCGGGCGGUUAGUCCGGCAGCAUCUUGGCUUCACUGCAAGCUUGGCAGUGAAGUACUCCGACGUGAAAUUGGGUGAGACUGAAAAUCUGGAGCAAGAAGAAUGGUCGGUGGAGAAACAUACCAGUGAGAGUCCAACAGAUGCUUAUGGAGUGAUUAAUUUUCAGGGCGGGUCCCAUUCAUACAGGGCCAAGUAUGUUCGAUUAUCCUUUGACACUAAACCUGAAGCUGCUUUAAAACUUAUGCUGAAAGAGUGGCAGAUAGAACUGCCUAAACUUGUCAUCUCUGUCCAUGGAGGAAUGCAAAACUUUGAACUCCAUCCACGCAUCAAGCAGGUUGUUGGCAAAGGGUUAAUCAAAGCAGCUGUAACCACAGGAGCCUGGAUUUUAACUGGAGGAGUGAAUGCAGGUGUCGUGAAACAUGUUGGUGAUGCAAUGAAAGAACAUAUUUCACGUUCAUCUCGGAAGAUUUGCACAAUUGGAAUUGCACCCUGGGGUGUGAUUGAAAAUAGGAAUGACCUUAUUGGAAGAGAUGUUGUUGCCCCUUACCAGACUUUGUUGAAUCCCUUGAGUAAGUUGAAUGUCUUAAACAAUUUGCAUUCUCAUUUCAUCUUGGUGGACGAUGGAACAGUCGGGAAGUAUGGUGCUGAAGUCAAGCUCCGGAGAGAACUGGAAAAACAUAUCAAUCUUCAGAAGAUUCAUGCAAGGAUUGGCCAGGGUGUACCAGUAGUAGCUUUGAUUUUUGAAGGUGGUCCUAAUGUGAUCCCCACUGUGCUGGACUACCUACUGGAAAGCCCCCCUGUGCCUGUCGUGGUGUGUGAAGGAACGGGUCGUGCUGCAGACCUACUGGCCUAUGUGCACAAACAGACUGAGGAAGGAGGAAUACUUCCAGAUGGAUUGGAAUUAGAAAUCAUCACAACAAUCAAAAAAACCUUCAACUUUAGCCAUAGUGAGGCACAGCAUCUAUUCCAGACUUUGAUGGAAUGUAUGAAGGCUCGAGAACUUAUUACAGUGUAUCAUAUUGGAUCAGAGGAGCAUCAAGACAUAGAUGUGGCCAUUCUAACAGCAUUGUUAAAGGGUACCAGCUUGUCUGCAUUUGACCAGUUGAUCUUAACUCUUGCCUGGGACAGAGUGGACAUUGCCAAGAACCACGCAUUUGUUUAUGGGCAGCAAUGGCUGGUUGGGUCAUUGGAACAAGCAAUGCUGGAUGCCCUCGUCAUGGACCGAGUGGAAUUCGUAAAACUUCUCAUUGAAAAUGGAGUGAGCAUGCACAAGUUCCUUACAAUCCCUAGGCUGGAAGAACUGUACAACACAAAACAAGGACCGACUAAUCCAACAUUGCUUCAUUUAGUGAGAGAUGUGAAACAGGGGAAUCUUCCUCCAGAUUAUAAAAUCAUUUUAAUUGAUGUGGGUCUCGUUAUUGAAUACCUUAUGGGUGGAACCUAUAGGUGUACAUAUACGAGGAAACGCUUCAGAAUUAUAUACAACAACCUCCACGGAAACAAUCGGAGAUCUGGACGACAUUCGACAGGUAGCGGACCUCAGCUGCGAAAGCACCAGGAAUCAUUGACUAACCGAGCGGAUAAAAAAGAGAAGACUCGACAUAAUCACUUCAUCAAGACUGCCCAGCCUUAUAAACCCAAGCCUGAAUCCUCUGUUGAUCAGGGGAAGAGAAGGAAAACCAAAGAUGAAAUUGUGGACAUUGAUGACCCAGAGACCAAGCGUUUUCCCUAUCCUUUCAAUGAGCUGCUCAUGUGGGCCGUCCUAAUGAAGAGGCAGAAGAUGGCCAUGUUCUUCUGGCAACAUGGAGAAGAGUCCAUGGCUAAGGCUUUAGUUGCCUGUAAGCUGAAUCGAUCCAUGUCUUAUGAGGCAAAGCAGAGUGAUGUAGUUGAUGAUACAUCAGAAGAGUUAAAACAGUACUCAAGUGAAUUUGGACAGCUAGCAGUAGAUCUACUGGAUCAGUCCUUCAGACACGAUGAGACAAUGGCCAUGAAGUUGCUGACUUAUGAACUGAAGAACUGGAGCAACUCCACGUGCCUUAAAUUGGCAGUUAACUCGAGGCUUCGCCCUUUUGUGGCGCACACCUGUACCCAAAUGCUGCUGUCAGACAUGUGGAUGGGAAGGCUGAAUAUGAGAAAGAAUUCCUGGUAUAAGGUUAUUCUGAGUAUUCUGUUCCCACCCACUAUCCUAAUGCUGGAGUUUAAAACCAAGGCAGAAAUGUCUCAUAUUCCUCAAUCUGAAGAUGCUCAUCAGAUGAACAUGGAGGACAGUGAACACAACUUUCAGAUCCCCAGUGAUCAGAUAUCCAUGGAUGUGUUCAAGGAAGAGGGCAUCUGUGACCUCCAUGAGAUGAAGCAGGACGAUGUGCCCCUGAAUAAACAGAGGAGACUGCCUAUCACCAGGAAGUUCUACUAUUUCUACCAUGCACCCAUUGCAAAGUUCUGGUUUAAUACAUUGGCGUAUUUGGGGUUCCUCAUGCUCUAUACAUAUGUCGUUCUGGUACAUAUGAAAGGCUCGCCUUCCUUUCAAGAAUGGAUUGUGAUAUCCUUCAUCUUUACCUUAGCCAUAGAGAAAAUUAGAGAGCUUUUCAUGUCAGAAGCCGGAAAGAUCAAUCAGAAGAUCAAGGUCUAUUUCAGUGAUUAUUUCAACAUCACCGAUACAAUCGCAAUUAUUUUGUUUUUUGUUGGUUUCGGGCUAAGGUUUGGAACCGGGGACAUUUUAACAGCCGGCAGAAUAACCUAUUGCCUCAACAUUAUAUUUUGGUACGUGCGUCUCCUCGAUUUUCUAGCAGUGAAUCAGCAUGCAGGACCUUAUGUCACAAUGAUAGGUAAAAUGGUGGCAAACAUGUUUUACAUUGUGGUGAUCAUGGCAGUUGUGCUACUGAGCUUUGGCGUUCCAAGGAAGGCGAUCCUUUAUCCAGAUAAGGAAGCAUCGUGGGAACUAGCAAAAGACAUAGUCUUUCAGCCUUACUGGAUGAUCUACGGUGAAGUAUAUGCAUAUGAAAUUGAUCCCUGCGCCAACAACACUGAAGAAGGGGCAAAGGAGCGUUGUGUUGUUGGUUAUUGGAUAACACCAUUCUUACAAGCAGUCUACCUCUUUGUGCAGUAUAUCCUCAUGGUGAAUCUUCUCAUUGCAUUUUUCAAUAAUGUAUAUUUCCAAGUAAAAGCCAUUUCGAACAUUGUAUGGAAGUAUCAACGGUAUCACUUUAUCAUGGCGUAUCAUGAAAAACCUGUCCUCCCGCCUCCUCUCAUCAUCCUCAGCCACUUUGCUUUGUUAAUCUCUCAUAUCUGCCGACAAGGUAGAAAACGUGACCGAGGUCAAGGUGGACCAAAAUUAUUUUUAAGUGAGGAAGACCAGAAAAAAUUGCACGACUUUGAAGAGCAAUGUGUGGAGAAGUACUUCCAUGAAAAAGAAGAUCGGUUUCAUUCAGGUAGUGAGGAAAGAAUUCGGGUGACCUCUGAAAGGGUUGAGAAUAUGUCCAUCCAGCUGAAAGAAGUGGGUGAUCGUGUGAAUUACAUCAAACGGUCACUGCAGUCGCUGGAUUGUCAAAUUGGUCACCUACAGGACCUGUCGGCUCUCACAGUGGACACCUUGAAAGCACUGACUGCCCAAAAAGCCUCUGAAGCCACCAAGGUGCACAAUGAGAUCUCCCGUGAGCUGAGCAUUUCGAGAAAUCUGGGGGAGAAUCUCGCCGAUGCCCCACUUAAAUCUUCGCUUCGCAAAAAGCACAGCAUCGGAACCUACUUUGGCUCCUCUUUCCCUCAACGAGUGAUGGAUUCUGGGGAUUCUAUCGGUGCUAAUGGUUCCCUUAAAGACAACGUUGACGCUUCGGGCAGGAAAUUAGGUCAGGAUUUGCUUCCAAGUUGGCAGGGAAAUGUACUGAAUGUUCCGGAGGCUGGGUCCUCGGGCUGUGCCUUAUUGUCAAAUACAGGAUCGCCUUCUGAACUCCGGCAUAGAAGCCACUUAGGACUAGGGAAAACCCAGUCUCUCAACUGUGAUCAAAUACCAGGACAUUCAUUCCACAGCAUACCAAACCUCUCCUCCCCAUCUGCCCAGUUCUUUGUUAGCACCCCAUCUCAGCCCAGUGGCAAAAGCCAGUUGGAGUUUGUGUCGGAUGGUGAUUCAGCUGACCUGCCGAGAAAGGAUUUAGAUGAUGAUGGCAGUUCUGUUGAAUUCGGGGCCUUUGUUGGUCACAAAGACAACUUGGAGCUACCAAAAUCUGGGACCAGGGAAGCAAUCACAUUAAAAGAAAAAUCGGCAGUGGGAACCAUUCAGAACUUGGAUUCUCUUCGCCCUGAAUAUCAGUUGAGAACAGUGAAUUCCUACGGUGGAUUUGCUGAGCUUUACCGUGAUCAUUUAAAGCCUGGUGCAUCUGUUCAAGCAGCUUCUUUGCAAGGUAAGAGCAGUAAAAACUGGAUGAGGGCCUCAGCUGAAGACAUCCGAUUUCACCAGGAGGAUUUGAUGGCUUCCCUGCUGAUGGACCGUCCAGAUGAAAAGUCUAUUGCAUCCAAUUGUCAAAUGACUACCGGUGAAGAUGCUUUAAAUGCACCACAUUUCUACAGUGUGCAGCAAUCCCAAGCAAGGCAGAGGAAAAUGGGAGAUAUUGGCUCUCCCUUCAAGCCUACACUGGAUGUAAAUUACUAUUACUCAGCUGUCGAGAGGAAUAAUUUGAUGAGGCUUUCUCAAACCAUUCCAUUUACUCCUGUCCCAAACAGAGGUGAACCUGUCACAAUCUACAGACUGGAGGAGAGCUCGCCAGUCAGUCUGAACAACAGCAUGUCUUCCUGGUCCCAGCUCGGGCGGGCAGCCAAGAUUGAGUUCCUGAGCAAAGAAGAAAUGGGAGGGGGCUUGCGGAGAGCUUUAAAGGUGGAGUGCACGUGGUCUGAGUGUGAGAUUCUCAAACCAGGCCAGCUCUACAUCGUCAAAUCCUUCCUUCCUGAAGUGGUAAACACAUGGACAAGAAUCUAUAAGGAAGAUACUGUGUUACAUCUAUGUUUGAGGGAGAUUCAGCAACAGAGGGCUGCACAGAAGCUUUCCUUUGCCUUCAACCAAAUGAAACCAAAGACCAUUCCGUAUUCUCCGAGGUUCCUGGAGGUGUUUCUUCUUUACUGUCAUUCAGCGAACCAGUGGUUUGCCAUCGAGGAGUGUAUGACUGGGGAGUUCCGGAAAUUCAACCAUAACAGUGGAGAUGAGAUCCGUCCAAAGAACAUGCUGGAGGAGACCAUGCUUGCCUUUAGUCACUGGACGUAUGAGUACACCCGAGGGGAACUGCUGGUCCUGGAUUUGCAGGGUGUUGGGGAGAAUUUGACUGAUCCCUCCGUAAUAAAGGCAGAGGAGAAAAGGUCGUAUGAAAUGGUAUUUGGGCCCGCUAAUUUGGGAGAAGAUGCUGUUAAAAAUUUCCGAGCUAAACAUCGUUGCAAUUCAUGCUGUGCAAGACUAAAGCUUCCCGAUAUAAAACGAAACGAUUACACACCAGACAAAGUGAUGCUCCCUCAGGACGAUGCCCCCGAGGUCACUGUCCAGUCUGGCAGCGGUACCAAAGACGUCAGGACCUCGAUACGCUUGAUAAUAUAAGAGACUUGAGAAUGUGAAUGCGGGGAGCUCUCUGGUACAGGGAGGACGGGCCCUAAUACUGAACGUCACAUCUGUCGUCGAAGCAGAAGAACGGCCCAAGGAGUUCUGUGUCGGUCCCUUCCGGAACCAUCCCUGGACAGUGCAUUGGAAUGAAGGAGUAAAGAAGGCCUGACAUUAUCUAGUUUUGCGCACAACAUUAAUGGUACAACCGAGAUGUAGAGGCCUAUGCUAUUUUACAUCACUGUCCUGGCCUGUUGUCCGAAUCACAGGGACCCCAGAUUCAGUGAAUACUGGAAUUAUUAGUGACUUUUAGCCAUUCUCUUGUGGAAGAUAAAGGUACAGUCCAGUCCGCAGGUGCACUUCACAUGGGAAAGGAAACAAAUUCCAGAAAAAAUUCAAGAUUUUUUAAAUAAUGUUGAAAUGUCUGAUUUUAAAGUCCUCGCAAACAUUACAUUUUAAACCUGUUUUUUUUUUUAAAUUGAUUUACUCUUAAAGAUAAGCCAUGAUAGACUGGUACAAAACACAGCUGUAAUGAGGUGCAUAAUGAUUAUUCACGCUGAAAGUUACCUUGCGGAGAGCACGCCAUAAAACGCAAUGAGAUAGUGUGUUGCCUGACAGAUUUCUGACAGGUUAAAUAGGAAAUCUAUUGAUUAAAAUUUGAGAAUAAAAUUCUGGACUGACAUUGUCCAGUAGCCUGCACAGCCUGAAGGACGUACCCGCUGACCUGAUUUUUUUUUUUUAAAAAACAAUGAAUUUCAAUUGUGUAGACACUUUGGUAUAAUCCUACUAUUGGUGGUACAUACAGAUUCAAUUCAAAAGGAAGUAUUGAAAUCCUUGUAAAUAUGGUAAUGGGCAGAAUGCAAUGUAUCUUUAUGCAAAUAAAUAAUACCAGAGACCCACAUCUGUUGAAUCUUCAACACAACAUGCCUCAUGUCUACCUACUAUGUUGUGACUUGGUGAAUAUUAAGGCAUUUUUUUAUGUUACAAAGGAGGUACUAUUGUCAUUUUUAAAAAGGAGGAUGUUUAUAUAUGAAGCUGUAUAAUUUUUAAUCUAAUGUAUCUUAUAGAUACUGUUCCUAAGGCACGAGCACGACCUGUAAUACUAUGGUGGUUUUAUGUAGACUGGAUGAUAAAAGUGAAGACUUAGUGAUAUCAUGCUGCAUAAAUUUUGUACAUCAUUUAAUCUAAUAAAAGAAUUUUGAAAUAA